AUGGACAAGUCGUUUGAGAGCAACGAGAUCGUAUUCUCCUCCAAGAAGGAGUUGAGGAAGAGGAUGAAGAAGGCAUCCAGUCAAGGGUCGCUAGACAUGGAGACGUACAACUUCAUUAACACCAAGAUCAUCCCGCAUUUCGACACACAUAGGUGGAACGGCACUAAGACGGGACGUGUCUGGAACUUGAGACCGCACAGGAUCAUUGAGCUAAAGACCAUCAACCGCGAAAAGGGGACCUGGACCACAACCAUGAUCGUAAACAAGAUCCCACCGACGGACGUAAUACCAGACACGACUUCAAUUGGCGAGCCAAACAAGUUCUCCGUGGAAGAGCCUAACUCCGGUGCAGCGCCCGACGCCGAUCCCUCGCCAGCUCUGAUCCGUGAUGCUGAGCUUGUCGAGCAAGCUCGUGCGCUCGAAGCACCUGUGAGUAUAGAGGCCGAAAGCACUUUGAGCAGCGACUACGAGGACAGCAUCGUUGGUAACAUGAAGCUCUUAGAGGACAUCUCGAACGAGCAUGUGUUCCUCGCCUGCAUUAUCUGUGUAAGAAUGAUCUACAUUCGAUGUGCGACGUCCUCCAAAUUCCCGGCGCAGUUCAAGACCAAUAACAUGUCGAGAAAGAACGACCUGAAGCUGUUCGAGACCAUAGGCAUCUACGUAAGCAUAAUAGCGAAGUCGGACGUAAUGAGGAUAGCGCGUGCUGUUGUCGGUGAGGACGCGUACCUCGCCUACGAUGCGGGCUUGGUCGUCUAUAUGCGCAUUAACGACAUUAUAAAGAUAAUAGGGAGCAGUAUGUUGAAUAUAGGCGAGUACUUGACUUCGAUACCGUCCAAACGUACGAGUUGGGGGAACAAGAUGUCGAGCGUUUAG